UUUGUCACCUUCUUCUAGCUUCCUCCCCAUGAAUCAAUUGAUCAUAAUCCAGAGGAGGGUGAGGUCAAUACAUGCACCUCAAAAUUUUCAUCAUGAGAUGGAACAUGAACAUUAUCGUACUGUGUUAGAUAACAAUCAUCUAUGAAUCUAUGAUGGUCUUAUGAGUUAGAGUAUUAACAAAGCAAAGAACUAAAAAAGAUAGUCGAUUAAAUACUGCAAAAAUGAAUGACCUAUUCUCAAACUCAUUCAAGAAAUACAGCAACCUGAAGCAGCAGGCACACCUCGAUGACGUAGAGGCCGGGAAAGAAACCGUGAACCUCGACAAAUUCUUCGAGGACGUGGAGAACGUGAAAGAAGAAAUGAGAACGGUCGAGAAGCUACACAGAAAACUGCAGGAGGCGAACGAAGAGAGUAAAGUGGUGCACAAUGCAAAAACAAUGAAGGAGCUCCGGGCGAGGAUGGACAAGGACGUGGAGCAGGUCCUUAAGCGCGUGAAAGUAAUCAAGGGGAAAUUAGAGGCCUUGGAGCGUUCCAACGCCGCCAACAGAAACAUCCCUGGCUGCGGUCCGGGUUCCUCGGCGGACAGAACCAGAACCUCGGUUGUUAGUGGAUUGGGGAAGAAGCUGAAGGACAUGAUGGACGAUUUCCAAGGUCUGAGAACAAGGAUGCAGAUGGAGUACAAGGAGACCGUGGAGCGAAGAUAUUUUACGAUAACCGGAGAGAAGCCCGAUAAGGAGACUAUAGAGAACUUGAUAUGGAGUGGGGAGAGUGAGAGUUUUCUGCAGAGGGCGAUUCAGGAGCAGGGGAGGGGACAAAUAAUGGACACAAUUUCGGAGAUUCAGGAGCGGCACGACGCGGUGAAGGAGAUUGAAAAGAAUUUGAUUGAGUUGCACCAAGUGUUCUUGGACAUGGCGGCUCUGGUGGAGUCGCAGGGGCAGCAGCUAAAUAAUAUAGAGAGCCACGUGGCGCAUGCGAGUUCCUUCGUGAGACGCGGCACGGAUCAGCUUCAGGAUGCUAGAGAUUAUCAGAAGAGUUCGAGGAAGUGGACGUGCUAUGCAAUCAUUCUUGGGCUUGUGCUUCUUCUUGUGCUCUUGUUUCCAAUCUUGAUUAACCUUUUGCCUCAUUUGUUAAGGUGAACAAGUGGUUGAAGAAAACACUCUUGAGGGCAUUGCCAUUUGCAUUCUGAAAUGAGCCUGUUUUUGCCAUUUCUUGUGCGGAUUUCAGGGUGCAUCAGAUGGAAUCCUACCUUCCUGAACCACACUGUUCCUAGAACAGAACAAGGCUAUUCUGAAUAUUUGAUUAGGAAGAGAACAACGGGAAACCGGAACAAGAUAUUGUUGGAAUAUUGUACAUGAGCAGGUUGACACAUUUUUGGAAUGGAUACUCAUUCCCAUCGAACGGAAUCAACUUUCUCCAUUUCUUAAAAUUUUCUUACUCUGUAUACUGAUGAUGGUUGAAGAAGUUGAUGUUCAACCAUGGGAUGUUUUAAGAUAAAUUACACUGUUGAUUUGA